AUGAUUGUACCUCCUCCCUGGGGGGACGACGAUCAAAGAAAGUUGCCUGAGCGGCGCUCAGGGACUUUUUCAAAUGUAUUUUGGAGCUCCCUCAGCACAUAUAUCGGUAACACCGUGAAGGAACUUCAGGAGCUGUUAGAAGCGGGUGCCGUGUUGAAUGCCAGUGUUUGUGCUGGAGCGGGUAAUGUAUGUGAUGAUGUUCGUCCUGUUGUUCCUAAGAGGUUAGAAGGGGUUCGGGCUGCAUGCCCAGUUAUCUCCAUGGAAGAACUUCCCCCAAUUGAUUUCUGCGAGGAUACAGAUGCUGUGGUGAGGGCACAAUCUCGAUGCCUUCGUUACACGCAAAGUCUUAUGCAACUGCUGGAUGUAACUCGAGGCUGCUGUGGAAGCUGGGGACGGCUGCACCGUGGAGAGAGAAAUCGGCUUCGGAAAGCCCUUACGGAGGAGGCUGAAGCGAGGUUUAGCUUGGUGGAGUUGUGUACCUAUUUCGUUGACCUUAGGUUUUGCCACAAGGGAAUCGAUGCACUGACGCCCGACAUUUUUCAGUUCUCAAAUGUUACUAAGCUAGUCCUAAGUAACAACCCGGGGCUAACCUCCAUCCCAUAUCUUCCACCCGCGUGUCUGGUAUUUAUAGCCUGUGGAUGUAACAUAAGGCAAAUAUGCGGGUCUAAUACUCUCGCGCUUGUUGGUCUGUCAUUUAACGCGAUGGACGGCCUUGACUUCAUCAAUGAAAUGCCUUCGCUCCGUGUGCUUGAUCUAACACGCAACACCGUAUUCGAUUUGGUUCUCGCCAUUGAUUCAUUGCGUAAUCAUCCGACAUUGGACGAUGUGACGUUUACUGGUUGUCCCAUUGCACUUCUGGACAACUACAAGGAAAAUAUAACGAGGGGUUGCCCCCGGCUGCGAAAGCUUGACGGCGUUACCCUCCCCUGCGCGAACAAUGCACUAAGUGCGUCUCCCAGGAAAGCGCCGUCUGUUGAAGAUGGGGCGUCGACUUAUCAUUCAUGUGUCGCCACGCCGCGCGAAUUGUCGUUCCUGGUCUCGACCGGGGUGCCGAUUGCCGUCACAGUGGUAAAGUUGGAGGGAGUUUCCAACCUGUUUCACACUCUGUUACCACGCGACGAUCGGUCGUUGAUAGAGCGGCCGGAACCAAAGGCUAGGAAGGGAAAAAGGAAGGCUAAACCCGCCGCCGUCGGAAUAUCGUACGAGUUUGCCACUCAUUUUUCCUUGAAGGGUUCCUGGGGCGGGGAGGAAGGUGCAAUUUUGAAGUGUGAGAAUAUACCAAUAUUGCCUGCUGCCCCCAGCGGCCGAGCAACCACUGCCUCGAGAAGGACGUUGCAACCUUCACCAAACGCAAUUGACAACGUGGCGGAACUGAACCAUACAGCAAGGGCUAACAUACCGACCAGCGCUAAACUUUCGGACUUGCUAGCGCAAGCGCUAGCUAUCACACUCGAGGUUCGUGAUGAUGUACAAUUUGCUAGCGGUAACAGCGUGACGCUGACCUACGAAAUGGGCACCUUCGUCGCUGACUGUUCUUCUCUGCUUCUCAGCACGGGGCCACCACCGCGAGCCCUAUCUGUGAAGGUACCCAUUAUACUUAGCGAGGCAGCACUGGCGGAGAAGCGGGUUCAUGCACGCGAACUUCGCAAGAACCUCACCAAUUCUUUGCAACUCCUCGUGAGUGCAUCACAGGCGCCCCAAUCAUCUUCACCGCUGGUCGCGGCAAAUUCUGGUUCAUUUCGGCGGCGUUCCAAAAAGUCAACAUCUGAUCGGAUGAACGCGUCCGAUCGUUUCCCAACAGAGACAAGGCGCUUAGAGGACGAUUUAGAUGAAUUGAGACUUCUCUCAAAUAUCGAGGAGAAACGGGUAGACGAACUUAGUUCAUUAGAAAUGGUGCUUACCCUUGAGUUGUCUAUUGGCUCAGCCCCCAAAAACAACAAUUCCGAAUCUUCAUUGAUUAACCGGACUGGUCGUCGUCGGGCUGGAGCGAAAGGCGCGGCGCCAGUUGCUUGA